AUGUCUCGCUACGCUGCAGUUCAUGCCAAUCCCCAGGGCCUUGGUGAUGCCCGACCCACAGCAAUGCAAAUCAUCAAUGACGAGGCACUGGAGGGAAACCUCGUCAACAAGGUCAUUGUCAUCACUGGUGUCUCCUCUGGAAUUGGGAUCGAAACCGUGCGCGCCCUCGCCACCACUGGAGCACGACUAUUCCUAACAGCCAGGGACCUGUCCAAAGCAAAGACAGCCCUUGGAGACAUCUUCGAUGCCACAAAGAUGGAGCUCGUCCAUAUGGACCAGGCAUCCCUCGACAGUGUCCGGGCUGCCGCUGCUGCAAUUCUCUCCAAGACAGAUCAAAUCACGAUCCUCGUGACCAAUGCCGCCAUCAUGGCCGUCCAAGACCGUCAACUGACAGAGAACAAUUAUGAGCUGCAAUUUGCAACCAACCAUCUGUCCCAUUUCCUCUUUUUCAACCUACUGAAGCCUUCCCUUCUAGCUGGGUCAUCGGCGGGUUUCCAAUCUAGAGUCGUUGUGGUAUCUGCUGCUGCGCAUCGAGUCGUCACUCUCAAUGACUCGGAGAACUACCAUUUCCAGAAGGGCGGCUAUAGCCCCUGGGCCGCUUAUGGCCAGUCAAAGCUUGCGAAUACCUACAUGGCCAAUGAGAUUGAGCGUCGCUAUGGUUCGAGUGGUUUGCAUGCUACUAGUCUUCAUCCUGGUCUUAUUGCCACGGGCUUGUCGCAGCAUUUGUCUGAGCAGGAGAUUGGUGCGAUGCUACAGAACAAAUUUAUGCUCAAGAUGCAGAAAAGUGUGGAACAAGGAGCUGCUACUACUGUGUGGGCUGCCGUUUCUAAGGAGCUGGAAGGCAAGGGUGGUCUGUACCUUAAUGAUUGUGCGGUUGCUGAACGUGGUGAGGAUGAUGGUAUUCCUGCUCUUGGGAUGACUUCCAGCAGCACAUACAAUCCUGAGGAAGAGGCUAGACUUUGGAAGGACUCCUUGGAGAUGGUGGGGCUGUGA